AUGAAACUGUAUCUCUAUUAUCACCGCCUCGGGAAUACACCAGCGAACGUGUCUGAACAUUGCUCAGAUGCUAAACGCCAUGUGCAAGUACCAAUGGAGAGCUAUAUUGUGUUGGCGUUGUACCACUAUUUAGAAAUUAACCAAUCGAGCGUUGUAGUACAUUUUGUGCAAUCCAAAGCAACUACGAACGUUUUAACGGUUGCGCUUCCACCUUCAUUCUUUGAAAAAGCUCACUUUUUUAGUGACGACCUAACGGAUGGACAUGAUACCGAAAGCGCGGAGAUCCAAAUUGAUCCAGCCCUUUCUUGUCAGUUGCCUUCGAUUUCGAUCGAACUAACCGGUACUAUAGUGUCCGGGUUGUGUGGCGUUUGCCGGCGCAUUACGAAGCAGCACAUUGCAACCUCGCAAACAUCGGAUCAAUUACUCGGUUUUAAGGGCAAUACACUGGUUGCCCCUGCAGACGCUUCUCUUUGGACGAAGUUUUGUGAAAUCGACAUGAUCCGAUGCGUGAAACAUAUGCUAAAAAUGUGCUCGGAUGAGACAAUGAAGCCUUCGUUAAUUGAAUAUACGCUUCCAGAUGAGCUCGGUCAAUUCGAAAGUCACCUACAGCAGCCUCUAAAAUCGCACAACAUUUACAAACUGAUCAACCAGGUGAACAAUGUGCGUAUUUCUUCGGACGAAGAGCAUCGUCAGCUGGUUGAUGUCGGGCAGCAAUUCGAUUUUCAUGCCAAUCAUAAGUUCGCCGAGGGAUACGAGAAAACUCUGGCGGAUUUGAUCCUCUACAUCUGUUUCGAGUUGGUGGAACGUCGACUUUCGAAGGAUGUGCUUCGAGACAAGUGCCCCCACGUCGUUGGAUGGUUGGAACGUGUUGCGAAUGAUGACGGUGGAAAAUUGCAACAAGUGUGCAAUGAAGUGUUGCCUACCAAGGAAAACUGCAUAACGCUAAAACGACUGCCCUGUCUAGAGUUAACUGGGUUGGAUAUAAAAAUUCCCCAAGAGUUUAGUCUGUACAAGUCAGAUACGAAAAAACUGAACCUGAAAGGGGAUCAAAUACUGACGACCAACCAACAGGAGGUGUUGGAAAUCUUACGCAAAGUAGAACGUAUCCCCAUCGACAUCGGUAGCAGGCAGAACGAAUGGGAUGUAAAUCUGUUCGAUUGGGACGCGAUUCCGCUGGAUGCUCGUCCGGAAGGAGGAAAUCUUCCGCCAGCUCGUAUUCUCCGCAAACGUCACCAGCUAGAAAGUCUGGUAAACGAAGUUAUCGAGUUGGCGCAUGAUGGGGCGAUAAUCGUUGACUUUUGCUCCGGAACCGGACACUUGGGGAUACUGUUAGCAUACCUGCUGCCCGGUUGCACCGUUUAUCUAUUGGAAAAUAAGGAGGAAUCGCAGCAACGAGCAAUGGAUCGUGUAGCGAGGCUCGGACUACAGAAUAUCAUGUUUUUUCAGUGCAAUUUAGACUAUUUUACGACUCAUUUCGACAUUGGCGUGUCGUUGCACGCGUGCGGUGUUGCAACCGAUAUUGUGCUGGAGAAGUGCUUUGCACAACGUGCUAGCUUUGUUAGCUGUCCCUGCUGUUACGGGAAACUGUACAACAUCGAACAUAUUACAUUCCCUCGCAGUACACUUUUCCAAGCGUCCGAUUUGCUGCUGAAGGAAUACUUUUGCAUAGCACAUUGUGCGGACCAAACUCACGAUUUGGCUAGUGACCGAACAAAUGUGGCGAAAGCUCACCAAGGCUUCUAUUGUAUGGAUGUGAUUGAUCGGGACCGUGCAUUGCGAGCCGAGGAGUUAGGAUACUGUGUGCAACGAAAACGAUUAAGAGAUGAAAGCUGCACACCUAAAAAUCGACUUUUGGUAGGCACAUAUGCAUGCUGAUUCCAAAUACACGUGCGCCUGAUGAUAUGAAAGAAUAUCAUUUUCAUUUUUAAUUACAUUUGAGUGAGAAUAAAUUAUUAUAAA